AUGAAUUUAAGAUAAUUAUAUCAUAGAGGAGAUCCUCAAAUACCUGCUCUAUAUUUAAUUGAAUAUUCAAGUGAGUUAGCUUUUUUCAACAAGUUUGAAACCAUGAAGUUAUAUUUUCUUCCCGCUAGGUUUUUGUACUGGAUUAUUCACAAAAAUUUAUCACUUUACUUUUUUCAUUUCUUCGUAUAUAGAGAAUAAUCUCCACCAAUACUCAAAUCCAUAAAAAGCAUAUUUAAAAAGGAUAGUAAGUCCUAUUAAAGGGUUCUUCUAAUGAUUAUAAAAUUGAUUAAUUCACCAUAAAAAUCAAAUAAGAUAAUUAAGGGUUAAGUAGAUCACAUUUAUUUAUUAUUAAAACUAGUCAUUUUUUCUCUUAACAGACGCUUCAUAUUGAUUAUGCUCGAGGCAAGAAAGUAAAGUUAAAAAACUACAGCUGUAUUCUUAUUAUUACAUUUACUUCACCUAAACCAAAUCUUUUUUAUUUAAUUUUCUUAUAAUAUCUUAAUAGAUAUUCAAAUCAGCUUGUAUUGA